AUGCCUCUACUAUCACCACGUCUCCCUGAGCGCUUUACUAUCGCCAUCUUUGGUGCUCAAUUUCAUGGCGACAGUCCAUCCGAGGCCAAGAGUGCUUUGAUCGACGAUUUUGAGGGCGCACUGGAGAAAUCAGCCGUCUCUGUAGAGAACCUCUGGCAAGACGACACUGAGCGCGGCUUGGGACUCUCGCGGGUCUGGGUCAGCUAUUGGAAAUCGCCGUCUGACUAUGAGGCAUGGUGGAAGUCUGCGGAAGUGAGCCGGUUCUGGUCGACGCUGCCUGACGACAGUGGUUUCUGGAGAGAGACGCUGCAUUUCUCCUCGUCUCGUUUCGUCACCGAGACGUCUCAGGACAUUCCAAACGGUGUUGGCCACCUCGGCCCUUUGGAGCAAGUGACGGAAAAGACGGGCUACUGGGGCUCCUUGCGCGAUCGCAUCAAAGAAUCCACCGCCACAGACAAGCUGCCGUCACCGUUGGCAUCGAUUCCACCCCCUCGAGCCCCGGAUGGCUCCAUUCGCCGGGGGCGGGUCAAGAUGACCACCUUCCCGAACAACAUCUCUUUCGUGACCGAAGGUCAAGAUCACAAUCUCAUGAAGGACGAUGAGCUCCAAGUGUGGUCCGCAAAGUUUCACUGGGCCACCAAACGCUUCGUCACCAACGUGCCCUCGACUGUGCAAGACGACCCUGACAUUUUUCCCCAGCUGGAGGUCAACCGCACGGUGGAGCUCCUGUACCUGCUGGACUUCCGGUACAUGGAGCGCCUGGGCCGGUCGGACAAGGCCCAUCUCGCCCUGCGGCAGAAUUUCAUGGACGACUACGGCCCGGAUGGAGUCCUGGCCAAGGGAGACAUGUGCGUCUGGGCCGACUGUGGAGUGCUCAGGGCCGAGGACAUGCUAGCCGAGUACAUCGGAUGCUACGAGGGGACCGGUUUCCUGGCCUACGACCAUCACCCCGAGUUCAAGUCGACCACGACGUCCAGCUCGAAUGGUGCGUGGUCGAGGGUCACGAGCUUCCUAGGACUCAGCUGA